AUGGCACCGUUCGAGGCAUUAUACGGGCGACCUUGCAGAUCUUUGUUAUGUUGGGCCAAGGUUGGCGACAGAUCAGUGUUGGGGCCAGACAUUAUCGAGCAAACCACAGAGAAGGUUAAAUUGAUUAGAGCGCGGAUGAAGACUACUCAAGAUCUCCAAAAGAGCUAUGUGAAUAAGCGGCGUCAAGACUUAGAGUUUGUUAUGGGAGAUCAUGCAUUCCUUCGGGUGAUGCCAACGAGGGGUAUUCGUCGUUUAGGAGUUUCAAGUAAGCUUAGUCCAUGUUAUGUGGGGUCAUUCGAGGUGCUGGAGCGGAUUAGACCAUUGGCAAACCAUCUUGCUUUGCCUCCCCAGUUUGCUCAAGUGCAUGACGUGUUCCACGUAUCUAUGCUCCGUAGGUGUGUGGCAGAUCCGGGUCAAUUUAUUGAUUAUCAACCCCUUGAAGUUCGAGAAGAUGCCUCAUAUACCAAGAUCUCUAUGUGUGUUGUGGAUCAGAAGGAGAAGGUAUUGUGA